AUGCCAUACACUGCGCCGUUGAAGACGUUGCUCUCCGCACAACACAUCGAAUACACUGAAUCGCCCACCGAAGAGACGUGUGAGCGACCCACUUUGGUCCGCUCCUCUUCGGAACGGCUUCAGAACUCCCGUUCAUACUCCUCAACCUCUUACACCCGUCGUCAUCGGAGGAGUCCUUCGAUCAAUAAACCGACAGUGCAUUCUGCUCCAGAAUCUCCGACCCGAGCAUCCUCCUCUAUCGAUCCACAUGCCAGCCUUCGACAGUCUCCACCUCCGGUGACCAACGCGAUGAUCCCUCCUGGGGCUGUAAUCUCGCCACCCGAGUCUGCCCCGAACUCCAGCGAUGAGGAAUCACCAUAUCGGAAUGGAGAGGGGUUCAAAAUGGAUGAGCUCGAGGCUGCUGUCAGAUCAAUCAAACUAAGAAGGGAGAGCUCACCAGAAAGAAUGGACCCAGAGACCACGGAGACAAAGGCACAGAAACAGACUCAGGCCUCACCCAGUGUGUCAUCAACGACCACUGCGGCCACUGAGGCUAAACCCACUCGACCUAAGCUUCCUCACUUGCCACUGUCCAAAGAAGCUCGAAGGAUCGCUCAUUCCCGAUCAUCCACUGAAACCGCCAUUGAUUUGACCCGGGAAGAGGCACUGACUAGCUCGCCCGAUGACAGCGAUGUCGACAUGACCGUAAAGCCCCCAAUGGUUCGCAAGAAGUCAGGUGAGCUUGUUCGACCUGCUCUCCGUCCUCCUUCAGCGCGACGACGACCAUCAAGCAUGCCCGGCACACCUGUCUAUGCCAAGGCAGUACAUUUUGACUCCCACUUGGAGCACAUUCGACACUUCCUCCAGCUUGACCGCCCCUUGGCCGUGAGCGCAAAUACUUCCCCGGUUGACAGCCACGACACUAAAGACGAGUUUCCUUUCGGCUCUGACUCGCAAGGCCCUUCAUGGGAAUGGGAGAUCAAGCUCGCCAACUGGCCAAAGGACAUUUCAUCCCAAGCUAAUCGCCCAGUUCGCCUCGAACGGUUGUUCUUGUCGGCUGAUAAGAGUACCUUGAUCGGCACGGUGGCCGUGGCCAACCUCGCUUUCCAAAAGUAUGUGACUGCCCGGUUCACAUUGGAUUAUUGGAGAACUACCUCCGAAGUCGGGGCGGCAUACUGCCAUGACGUUCGCCGUCAACAGGCCGCCGAUGGGUUUGACCGCUUUUCGUUCGACUUCAAGCUGAAUGAUCAAGCAAAUCUGGAGACCAAGACCAUGUUCAUGUGCAUUCGCUACAACGUGGCUGGCCAGGAGUACUGGGACAACAACGACUCAGUGAAUUAUCAAGUCGAUUUCCACAAAGUUCCCAAGACCCCCACCACCAAGUCUACCAGUGGUGGAUCUCGCCCUACUCUCCCGCGAAGCCGGUCUUUUACCAGCACCCAUACCAUUCGCCCGCAAUCGAUGCCUCCAACAUAUGAUUUUCCUGACCUUGCCGGGAAGCCAUCGUUCGCGAACCCUUUCAACGGCUCCAACGGCGCGCCUUUGACUCGGACCCCCUCGGAUGAAAUCGAUACGAUCGCACCCCCCAAGCGCCGCGAGAACUCCAAGGCAUUCGGUAACCGGUACGAUUUCGGAGCGUCAUUGUCUGCAGCCAUGCGGUCAAAGGCACCUGUGGAUCGGACCACCCUGGCUGCCCGUGCGAAAUUUGGAGAGCCCGCGGAGCCGACUCCAAAGCCAACCAAGAAGACUGCUAGCUUUGAUGGCCCUGGUCCUGCAGUGAGCGAUAACUCCCGCGUUGGAGGUCGUGCGGAAGAUCUGAAACCUUCCUCUUUGGUAUCUAGCAAGCCACGUCUCGAGUCCACUGUGUACCAGGAGUUGGUCGAUAAGUACUGCUUUUAUGGAUCGCCGCAAGGUUCGAACAUAAAGGCACCACCAACUACCGCAACCACCCGGGAGGGUGAAGCCCCGAAGCACAUCUCUGUACCAGCCUGUCCUUCUCCGCCCCUAUCUCCCCGCUCCCCGGCUGUCCUCAAAGCCCCCACGGCCGAGGCACCUCGUUCCGUUAGCCCCCGCACCUCUCCGCGUCCUUCGCCUUCCCCUAUGGGGUACCGCUAUUCUUUUAACCGCGGUUUUAUGAAUGACCCUCACUCUUCAACCGUCAUUAGAGGGUGA